AUGAAUAAACGUUUACUGAAGAUGACCUUAGAGGAGAGGCGCAAAGAAUACGUAAGAGACUAUAUUGCCCUGAACACCAUUCUAUCCUGGAAGGAGGAGAUGAAGGGCAAGAGCCAAAAUGAUGAAGAAAAUACUCAGGAACCAUCACAAGUGAAGAAAAGUUUGAGUGAAAAAGUUUCUCUCUAUAGAGGUGACAUCACAUUGCUAGAGGUAGAUGCUAUAGUCAACGCGGCUAAUGCCAGUCUUCUUGGAGGAGGAGGUGUGGAUGGCUGCAUUCAUAGAGCAGCUGGCCCCUGUUUGCUAGCUGAAUGCCGUAACCUGAAUGGCUGUGAGACUGGACAUGCAAAAAUCACGUGUGGCUAUGACCUACCUGCAAAACAUGUCAUCCAUACUGUAGGGCCAAUAGCCAGAGGCCAUAUUAAUGGUUCCCACAAGGAGGACCUUGCAAAUUGCUAUAAAUCAUCUCUGAAGCUAGUGAAGGAAAAUAACCUCCGAUCAGUUGCAUUUCCCUGCAUCUCAACAGGCAUUUAUGGCUUUCCUAAUGAGCCUGCUGCAGUCAUUGCCCUCGGCACCAUAAAGGAAUGGCUGGCCAAGAAUCACCAGGAGGUGGAUCGGAUUAUCUUUUGUGUCUUCCUAGAAGUUGACUUCAAAAUCUACAAAAAGAAAAUGAGUGAAUUUUUCCCUAUGGAUGAUAAUAAUGAAGAAGAAGUAAAAGAAGAGGAAGGAGGUGAAGAAGACAUUGACAUGAAAGAAGAAACAGGCACAGGAGCAACCCAGAAAAUACAGGCCAGUGUCAAAGAGAGGCAUGGACACGUUGGAGGAGAAGCAGAGACAACUCCCCAUGAGCUACUGGAGGCCACAAAUGGAGACCUGGCCAAAACUAUUAGUGACUUUCAUUUGAAUUCCCUAGAAGGUCUAGAGCCAAAAGGUCUCUCUCCACCCCACAAGAAGAGCAAAGCAAAGAAGCCAGAAUGUUCAAAAGACUCUAGUGAAGAUGAAAAUGGUCUGGAGGAAAAGCAAAGUGCAGAAGAAAUUGAAGGGCAGAGCCAAGAAGCAGAUGGUGUCAACACAACUGUGCCCAGUCCUGCUAUGGAAGAGACAGUUGAAGUUUGUAAAGAUGAAGAAUCUGCAAAGGAUGACAAUAUUAUAAAAGACAGUGAAGUAACAGAUCAUUCUGUUGUUGACCAAGACCAUCCCAAUGGACAAGAGAAUGAUUCAACAAAGAAUGAAAUAAAAAUUGCGACAGAAUCCCAGAGCUCAUACAUGGAAACAGAAGAGCCUUCAUCAAACGAAGAAGAUGCCACAAUUGUGGACCAACCAAAAGUGAUUCCACUGACAGAUGACCAAGAAGAAAAAGAAGGUGCAAACGGUUUGGAUUUAAGCAUUCUUGACUUGUCAGAUGGAGGAACUUCCAGACACUACCAACUACACACAAGCUCAAGGGGAGGACACACCUACAGCUUCUGUGAAAAGCCAGAGCUCCAGGGACACCGAAACUGCUACAGGUCCGGAUGGGGCACAAGGUGAAGCAAAGAAACAGAGAAAUGAAACUCAGUGACAGUCCUCAGCCUGGCAAGGCCUCCCUUGUUCUUGGGAAGUGAGGGGAGAUGAGAGCUGCACUGUGCAGGAGGGCGGGGGUGGGGGGAGGAAAGUCCCUCAGAGGAAGGACGGGGAUCCUUUGCUCUAAUUUCUCCACCUGCAUUUUGUUCUGUUUACCUGGCAAAAUUGAAAGAAAAAGCCUCCUUAUCUAGUUGGGAGGACCCAUGCUAACACAUCUUUCAGGCACUGUCCCUAUCACUUCCUUUUUCUCUCAAACUUUGCCCCAGGGGCCAGUGGCAGAUUUUAACCCUCUCUUGUGUCUCCCGGCCCCUGUCUGCCGUCUGCCUUCUCGGUUACUUCACAAAGCUGGCCCUACAGUGCUUUCUUCAAAGAAAGAGGAGGAAGAUGACUGACAAGGUGCAAGCCAAAUUUCAGCAGUGACAGAGCCCAGUGUCAAUAUAACUCACAGGCAAAGGAGGGAAGGACAGAAAAUGGGAGAAACUCUUAGAAUCCACUUUGAAAAGGUUUGAAUGAUGAGCUUAAAAUGUGUUAUUCAGGGUUGCCAAGAUACGGUUUGUCCCCUAUAACUAGUGAGGCCUGAAGAAAGAGGCUUUUAACCCAGAACAGAGCAUAGAGGUGUAACAAGGAAUCUAGGUUCUACGUGGCCACUGGGGUCCCUUCAUGGCCAGGUGGCACACAAUGUUGACUUUCAGCAGAGUUUAUUUGGUUUGUAACUCUUACUAUGUGCUUCAGCACAACGCCUGGCAGUGAGAUGUAUGUAGGAUGAUUGAAAUACAUGUUUAAAGUUUUAGACAUUACACUAAAAAGACACACUAUUAAAAAUUCCUCUGAAAACACUGCCUCUCGCUUAUCCCAUCACUGUUGUCCUUCUCUGCAGCAGUUCUGGACAUCCUUUCUCCUGUCUUGUAUGAGGUGUGAUAAAAAAACUCAGUGAAUGAUGCUGCCGAGUGCCAUCCAAAACAAAGGCAGGCUGGUAAAAACAUUAGUGUGUGUCCUCAUCCACAGUUUCCACCAGCUCUGGCAUGGUUGAAAUGUGGCUCUUCCUUAGAGUCAAAAUGACCUUGAAAGGUGAUCAUUUUGAAUCAAUCACGGCUAUCAAGACAGCCUUGAUGACAGAAGUCAAGACACUCAUGACAGAGGACUUCUAGAACUGCUUCAAAAAGUGCCAAGAAUGACGGAGUGUGUUCAAAGCGAGAGAGAGAAUUUUGAAG